CCUCAGACAAUACAGCAGACUCUCCAGAGGACAUUGCAGUAUUAUGAGCACCAAGUUAUUGGGUUUGAAGUUUGAGGAAGUUCAAGAAAGAUUUGGUGAGGAGUUCUUUAAUAUAUUCUUUGAUGAGAAUGAGUCCUUUGAGCCAUGGGUGGCACAUUGCAGGACUUUUGUAAUGGCUUUGAUGCUUUGUUGGAACACAUCAGAACUUCCUUUGGGAAACAGGCCACGCUGGUGUCCCCAUCGUUCCUGUGCAAGGGGCUCCUGGAGGGCACCCUUCUGCUUCACUACUUCCGUCCUCACCACGUUGUGGGCUUUGCAAUGCUGGGCAUGAUCAAGGCUGCAGGAAAGAAGAUCUACCAGCUUGAUGUGGCCAUGGAGCAGGUGGCCAAUGAGAAACUGUGCUCCGAUAGAACCCAGGCAAUUGUAGCUGUCUUACCUUCCUCAUCAAAGAAUGUGACAAUACUAACACCAGGAAGAACCUUCCCCGGGGAGCCUCCCAAGUCCCUGCGGACCUCAGAAUCAGCAUCAGUACCUUCUGCAGGGCCUUCGUUUUCCAAUUUGAUGUUUGACAUCCACAUGUCCAUCCUACAGCUGGGGGAAGGCCUGCGGAAAUAGCUGUGGUGCAACAGCCACAAAAUGCUCAGGUUUGAGGACUGCUUCGAGAUCGUUUCUCCAAAGGUCAGUGCCGCCUUUGAGAGGGUCCUGUUGUGACUGUCCACCCCGUUUGUGAUCAGAACCAAGCCUGAGGCUUCUGGCACUGAAAAUAAAGACAAG